GUUAGCAAGAUGAACAAAGAUGUGCAGAUGAGAGCAGCGAUUAACCAAAAGUUGAUAGAAACUGGAGAAAGAGAAUGCCUCAAAGAGUUGCUGAGAGCUAAAUUAAUUGAAUGUGGCUGGAAGGACCAGUUGAAUGCACACUGUAAAGAGGUAAUUAAAGAGAAAGGACGAGAACACGUUACUGUUGAUGACUUGGUGGCUGAAAUCACACCAAAAGGCAGAGCCCUGGUACCUGACAGUGUAAAGAAGGAGCUCCUACAAAGAAUAAGAACAUUCCUUGCUCAGCAUGCCAGCCUUUAAGAUUGGAUGAGAUUGUGUUGUUUUGUGGUUUUAUUUCUGAAAGUAAAACUUGCCAUAAAUUAGGAAUCAAUUUCCCAAAAUAAAAUCCUUUUUUGUAU